UUUUUUCUCCGAAAAAUUUCCCAAAAUUUUUAGAGGCCAAAAAAUAAUGGCAAUGAUCGCAACUAUUCACCCCUACAAAAACGAAAAUGGAAUGUCUUACAAUCAAAGAACAACAAGCUCUUCAACAACCACUUCUACUGAAAGAGAACAACAACCUUAUACUAGUGGAAUUUUUCGAAUAGAAGAUGUAACUGAUGAUCCAAGAUAUGCAGACAUUGGCAAUGACAGCAAUUCUGUAUUGGAAAAAGAAGAAGGCGCUCUAGUUGAAUAUUGCCGCUCAAAAGUUGUUCAGCCCUCAGCAGUUAUCAAUCAACCACCCCAAAUUGUUCGCCGUCCUUCAUUCUCGGCUUCCUCAGUAUUGGGAACAACAAAAAAUCCUUCAGAAAAUGAAAGAAGAGGAAGAAUACAAAAUAAAACACAGGCAAUUGAAGCUAGUAUUUUGGCUAGGGCAGCUGCUGGGUUUACUUCACAAAAUCAGCAACAGAGAUCGUCUUCUAGGCCGGCACGUUUCACUCCAUUAAAUGUUAGACAACCAAUAAACAAUAUUUCUUCUGGAAAUCGAGGGAGAACGCUUGGUUAUGCGUUACAAAUUCCUUCUUCAACUCCCUCGCAGCACGAAAGUAGAAAGACGGCAACUACAGCAACAAAUACACGUUGGUGGCAUCCGUUAUCAAAGUUUGUUACUGGAAUUAAUUCUUUUUCUUCUUCAACUUCCUCUAAUAUUAAUCCUCUACCAACUAACAACAACCACAAUUCAACAACAAAUCGUAUACGUUCUAGCAGCACUAAUAGUGGAGGUAACAACGUUAAAAGUGUAGUUAGUGGUAGUGGAGGUUUUGUCAACAACAAUAACCGAGCAGCAUUAAUUUCAACUACAAAACGUUUUGAUCAAAAAAUGGCACAUGUUAUUGAUGUUGAGGUUGGGCAACCCUGUUCGCGAAUGGCAAUUUGCAAUUGUUAUGGAUUUAGACCUCAUACUUGGAGGUAGGUGAUCAAUUUUUUAAUAAAAAAUUUUUUUAUUUUCUCGGGGGUUAUUUUUUAAAUUUUUUACUAAACAUGUUUUUUUUGUAAAAUUUUUUUGAUUUUUUUUCAUUUUCUCAAUGAAGGGUUUUUUUAUUUUUUUAAUUUUUUAUUUUCUUUUUUUUUAAUUUUUAUUCUCGACUAUAAAUUGAUUUUUAAA